UUUCAACGAAGAAUUCAUCUGAACUAGGAUCAUGCCGCUCAGCCAGCUCGAUGGUGAAGUGGUCAUGGUAAGGAUGAGGUUGUCUAAGGAAUUAUUCUAGUUUUGGCAAGUGAUUAGGAAGAAGUGAAGGCCUCGACUGGAUCAUUGAUAAAUUAUAAAGAACGAAUGAAAUCUAGUAAUGAUCGAGGGAAAAUGUUGUACAACUCUAAAUGAAGAUCAUCAGCGUAUUUUAGUUGGAUCCGUCAUAAGUCAUAAGUCGAGACUCUUGGAUAUGACACCAUUCCAGCCAAUUCUCACUUGAAUAUAAUCAUCACUUACAACUCACCGACAGACUUGCCUGAUGAUCCCAGUUCUUACAUACGACUAGUUGAACAUUUGCUUUAUUUUACUAUGAUUUGCCUAGACAUCAUUUAUAUGAUGAACAUUCUAUUUCUAGCUAGUUUCUUCAUGUUUCUAUCUCAUGUCCAUAUUCUUUGCUACUUAUCGUGUUCUCCAUUAUCUGAAGAAUUUUACGGGGACAGGGGUUGUUCUUUCCAUGCUACAUGUUUCUUAACACUUCAAACGUAUUAUGAUGUGAAUUGAGGUGCUUGUGAGAGCACUCGCCAUUCUACCACCGAGGUACAAUGUCCAACUUGGAUUGGCAAACCUAGUGUUUCAAUGGAUUGUUACUGUACAAGAAUGAGGUUCUCGAGAUAUUCAACCAUAGAAAUUAGUCGCCUCUAGUGACCAGCUCACUGGUAUUUUCACUAAUUAUAUUGUUGGGUGCUAGGCAAUUCCAUUUCUCUUCAAACUCAGCAUUCCCGAUCUUCAUGCAUCUAACUUGAGGAGGAAUGUAGGAUUCGUACCUUAUCGUUUUAUUGCUCAACUCAAUUAAUUAUUUUUUGGUGAUCAAGUUGUACUUUGGCUUCUUUAGAGAGCUAGAUCAUAUUUCGCCCUAGCUUUAUCCCACACGAUAUAUAUUAGCAUCACAUAUCCAUAAUUGUCACAGCUAAUAUAAAAGAGUAAGAAAAAAUAAGCUUUGACCGUGGUUGGAAUCUCUGCCGCUCUUCGACCGAUUGUUUCAAGUAUCGUUCCAGUCUCUCGUUUGUGCCCCGCGACACCUCGACCGUAAAAGUAGGGGUGGGUGGGUAGCUACUCUCCUCUAAAUUGAAUUCAUAUUAUCGAUUCAAUAAGAAAAAUAUUAUCUUCUCAUAAUUCUCCCUACCAGAAAAAAAGAAUCUCACUGGAAAAAAAAAAGAAAUAACAGCAAUAAAAGUCAGACAUGUGUUAAAUAUUAUACACUUCAUAUAAACAACACUCAAUCGAAAAAAAAAAAAAUAUGACAUAAAUUUACAAAUAUAAGAACCAAGAACAUGCAUUUUACAGUUAUGAAGUCAACACUUUUUUUCCCCUCCCCCUAAGUUAAAAUCCUUAAAUUAUUAGCUCAUAAUUGGUGGAUAAAACUUGGGAAUCUGAAAGACAAAUUAAUGGCUCCUUCUCGUUGACUAAAUAACCCUUAUAAGUUAAAUGCCAUAUCAUAUCAGUCUAUAAAUACCAACAAAACCCUCCCUUCCAUUUCCCACCACAUCUCAAAACCCUCUAAUCUCUCCCCUUUCUUCCUUAAAAUCAUUUUUCUCGGGAACCCAAAAAAAAAAAAAAACAUAUACAGUUAAUUAGUUGUGCACAUGGCCAGCUUUCGCCCAACUCAGCAACUACCGGCGGCCGGCGGCCGAGGAACCACCACAUCAUCAUCGUCGUCGUCCGACGGACAGCCCAACAACCGCGUAGCCGCCGUGGCCGGAACCCCCUCCCCGCCAACCAAUCAUACUACUAAUACCAUUCCCGACGAUGAUCAGCAGCCGGGAUGGAGGAAGUUCCUGAAGUUCAUUGGGCCGGGUUUCCUCGUCUCACUGGCCUACCUCGACCCGGGAAACCUGGAAACUGACCUGCAGGCCGGGGCUAAUCACGGUUACGAGCUAUUGUGGAUUAUACUGAUUGGGCUGAUCUUCGCUCUCAUUAUCCAAUCUCUUGCUGCCAACCUUGGCGUUAGCACCGGGAAGCACUUAUCCGAACUGUGCAAGGCCGAGUAUCCUCAAUUUGUGAAGAUCUGCCUAUGGCUGCUCGCCGAGCUUGCUGUAAUUGCUGCCGAUAUACCCGAAGUGAUUGGGACAGCUUUCGCACUGAACAUUUUGUUUCACAUCCCGGUCUGGGCCGGCGUCCUCCUCACCGGCAGCAGCACUCUCUUGCUCCUUGGCCUCCAGAAAUAUGGGGUGAGGAAGCUGGAGCUGUUAAUCUCACUGCUGGUGUUCGUAAUGGCGGCAUGUUUCUUCGGCGAGAUGGGUUACGUAAAACCUCCGGCGUCGGAUGUUCUGAAAGGAAUGUUUAUUCCGAAGCUCGCCGGCCAGAGUGCCACCGGCGACGCGAUUGCCCUCCUCGGCGCCCUCAUCAUGCCGCAUAACCUGUUUCUCCACUCGGCUCUUGUCCUCUCCCGGAAAGUUCCCAAUUCCGUCCGUGGCGUCAACGACGCUUGCCGGUAUUUCCUGAUCGAGAGCGGAUUCGCCCUGUUCGUAGCGUUUCUGAUCAACGUCUCGGUCAUCUCGGUCUCGGGUAAAGUUUGCACAGGUACGAAUAUCACCGCCGAAGAUGCCGAACGUUGCAGCGACCUCACCCUCAACUCUGCCUCUUUCCUUCUCAGGAAUGUGUUGGGAAGAUCGAGCAAGGUUUUGUACGGAGUUGCCCUGCUAGCUUCAGGGCAGAGCUCUGCAAUCACGGGAACAUAUGCAGGGCAGUACAUAAUGCAAGGGUUCUUAGACCUCAAGAUGAGAACUUGGCUGAGGAACCUAAUCACACGAAGCAUUGCAAUUACUCCCAGCUUGAUCGUGGCCAUCAUCGGAGGAUCCGCCGGCGCCGGCCGGCUGAUCAUCAUUGCAUCGAUGAUCCUCUCGUUCGAGCUUCCAUUCGCUCUGAUCCCUCUUCUCAAGUUCAGCAGCAGCAGUACAAAGAUGGGACCUUACAAGAACUCCAUCUAUAUCAUCGUGGUGUCGUGGAUUCUCGGGCUAGGAAUCAUCGCGAUCAAUGUGUACUAUCUGUCCACUGGAUUCGUCGGGUGGCUGAUCGACGGCGACCUCCACAGAGUCGGGAAAGUGUUCAUUGGGAUUAUAGUUUUCCCACUCAUGGCGAUCUAUGUUCUUGCAGUCAUUUACCUGACGUUCAGGAAAGAUGUCGUUGUAACUUACAUCGAGCCGGUGAAGGGAGUUGAAGAAGGAUUCGGGGGAGAAGCAGCAACAGGGGAAGGUCAGCUUCCUUAUAGGGAGGAUUUGGCCGAUAUCCCAUUGCCGCAAUGAGAGAGACUCCAUUGACAAAAGAGAAGUAGCUCGAUGGUGUUGUGGAAACUUCCUUGUGAUAUAGCUAGGGAAUCACAGUUUUGGUGAAUCUCGUGCUUGCAAAAUCAACCUCUGUUUCGUUGUUUUUUCUUUCUCUAGUUGCAAGUGCUCAACGUGUGAUGUGGUGGAGUAUAUAAAUUGUUUAGUGUAAUGUAGGAAAGCUCCAUUGCUCCUCCAUCGAGUGAAACUUUGUCUUAAGAUGAUGGGUUUUCUUGUUGUUGUAUUUGUUGUGUUUUAACUUGUGUGUCUUGGGCCUUACUACUAAUGUGGUUACAUUUUUGUGGCAAGUCUUCCAUCCUUCUAUAAUGUUAUUGUUACUUUGUACUCAUAAUAAAAAGUCAAAUGUUAAUGACACUUCUCUCCUCUUUUUCAUCCUUUUCUUUAGGGUUGGCUACCUGGUACGGACUGUUUGGUUUUACCCGAAACCAGACCGUAUAACCCAGACCGGGACCGGAUAGCAAACAAUCCAAAUCUCAUAUUCGGGCUUAGAUUUGAGGUAAAAAAAAAAACCCGGAUAAAGACCGGAUAAGAGACCCCCAACACCUAAAAUCAAGAUCAAAUUAGGACCGGACCGGGUCAAGACCGGGCUGUAUCCAAUCCAAUCUUUGGUCCUUAUAAUCCUGAAAAGACCGGACUGAGACCGGAUCAAUUUGGUCCAAUUUAACCGGACCGUAUAGCCACCCCCUACUUUUCUUAUAUCUUUGAAUUGUGAGUCAUAGCUACCUUUUAGGGGAUCGGACGCUCAUGGUACAUAUAAAUUUUGGCGAAUAUUUGCUAGCGGUAAAACAAUAAUCAUACUAAAAGCCGUUGUUUGCGUAAAACUUUGCUAUUUUGCGGACCAAAAAGUAACAAAGACUAGCGGUAAAACAAUAAUCAGACUAAAAAACAGUUGUUUGCGUAAAACUUUGCUAUUUUGCGUACCAAAAAGUAACAAAGGUAUGAAUAAAUGAUCAACACAUAUGUUUUCUUUCGGAUUUGGAUCUAUGUACUUUGAGAUGACUUUCUCAGUAGUCUUGUGUGGGGCUCUCUCUAUAACGAACAACACCCUUCGCUCUAAACAACACCCAUCUCGGGUCUUCAAACAACACCCUUGCUCUGUAGGGCCGACUGAAAAACGACAACAUUCCGGGUGGUAUAUAAUUAGGGUUUUUGGUUGGACUGUCCGAUUCAAUUGGGUUUGAUCAUAAAAAAUUUUAUUAAUAUUUUAAGUGACGUGGCGUGCUGAUUGGAAGAAACUAUUGAUUUUUUUAUAAUGGCGAAAUAUAUUAUUAAUAGAACAAAAACACGAAAAAGGGACUAACAAUUUUUUUGAUGGAGAUGGACGAAAUGAUCAUUUCAUUCUCUCCGAAAUCUUUUACUAAAACGUGCAUAAUGAAAGAUUUGUGACCAUAUGGUUCAAAAGUAAAUAUGUUUAUAACCGUUUAUGCUAAUUAAACGAAAUAUCUUUG